AUGUGAGUCGGCGCAUGCACAAUGGAUGCGCUGAGCAGCGUGGUGGAGCGGGUGAGCGGAGGGGUAGGGGGUGGCGGUUGGGUGGCCUACAAGAAGCAGGACUUUGCGGAGUUGAAACGCCACCAUCGCGAGGAGGCCACGCUCUUCAUUGAUCCCACUUUCCCGGCCAUUGACUCUGUGAUAGGCACAUCCAGUAUUCCGCCCAACAUCCAGUGGAAGAGGCCUGGGGACCUGUGCGCGAAUCCUCGUCUGUUUAGUGACAUUGAGAAGCCACAAGUAGUGAGGCCGGGCGAGUUCAGUUGCAACUGGAUUGUUUCUGCAUGCGCCGUUCUGUCCGGUGUACAUGAGAUCCGCAAUAAGGUGAUACCGGAUUACUGGGAACAGGAAUGGGACCCGGCACGACCGGAAGUGUACUGCGGCCUGUUUCACUUCCGGUUGUGGCGCUUCGGCCAGUGGGUGGAUGUGGUGGUCGACGACCUCCUCCCCACCCUCGACAACACCCUCCUCACCCUGCAAGGCCAGCACGAGAACGAGUUCUGGCCUGCGUUGGUCGAGAAGGCUUAUGCCAAGUUGCACGGUUCAUACGACGCUCUGCGUGAGGGUCACCUGAGCGAUGCACUGGUGGACUUCACAGGGGGCGUGUCCGAGGUCAUUGACCUUCAGGCCGAGGAGUACUCCAGUCACGAGGACAAGCGACGCGAGUUCUUUGAGAUUCUGCUCAACGAGAUGGCGCAUCACUCGCUCAUGUGCUUCUCUGUACUUGCUCCUCUACCGAGUGAUAUUGGAACUAGGACUUCGCUGGGUAUCAACAAGGGUCAUGCCUACCAUGUAACCGAUGUCAGAAGAAUACAUUUGGCUGAAACUAAUCUACGCAAUUUAUUCAAAGGACGGCACAAGGCAGCCAUGGUGAGAUUGCGUGACCCCCGUGACGAAGGUCGACGCCCUGCAUCAGCUGAUAGCGGGACAAGGAGUGCUUCAGAGGGCGAGUAUGCCUACUCGACGUCAGCAAUCACUCGAAUGCUAUCUGCCAACGGUGAAUGGUCCAAACUCAAGGAGCACGAACGAACGAGGCUCGGUCUGCAUUUGCGUGACAAAUCUGAGUUCUGGAUGCCUCUGGAGGACGUUGUGCGCGAAUUCACGGAGCUGACAGUGUGUCGCAUGCUGUCGCGCAACGUGUUUGCGGGCGCAGGCGCCGGGCGCGGUUGGCGUGAACAGGCAAGUGUGGGCGCAUGGCAACAGGGUGUCCUGGGCACUAGCCAAGACAGGGCCGGGGGCGCGUCUCAGGACACCAUGCUACGUAAUCCACAGUAUGCCUGUGAUAUAAAGGAGGACGAUGAGUUGGUGAUUCAACUGAUGCAGUUCCAUGACACUGAGAGAAUAGAGACUGAACCCGUGGCUUUUCUCAACUUCCUCAUUGGAUUUUUUAUGUUGAAGGUGGAGGAGAACCGCAGCCUACGUCUGCACAAGCAGUGGCCGCACUGUGCCACCGUGGUGUCCGUAGGUCACAAGCGACGCCGCGAAGUGGUGUACAAGGGCCACGUGGGCCAGGGCCGCUACCUCAUUGUGCCCACCACCUACAAGGCCGGCGAGUGCACCAACUACUAUCUAAGGGUCUUCUCGCGCAACAACAUACGUCUCAGGGAGCUGAAGGAAGACUUGCCGAAAUGUCCGGUGAUGUUGUCGUGUGUCACGGGUGAUUUCGAGUGGGCUACCGUGGUCACCGUUCAUAGUGCCGAGUGCCUCACCAGGGUGGGCGAGUCAUACUUCAAGUCGUCACGAAUCUACCCUUAUUGCACAAUCAAGUGUGAGACAAGGAGAUGUUCUACUCCAGUGGCCCGCGAUGAUCUCUAUCCCACUUGGAACAACUCCUAUGUCUUCUACAGGAAGAAAACUGACAAGCCGCUCACUAUUCAGGUAUACAGCAGCAACCUGCUACUACCCGACAGUCUCCUGGGGGAAUGCGAGAUUCCCGCCCCUAUCACACGCACCCCCACCCCUCUCGCCACCACACUAAUCCCGCGGCUGAGGCGGAGGGGGAAGAAGGACGAUGAUGGGGAAGGGGUUGAUUUGCCCUCCACUACAGCCGGCACUCUGCAUCUCACCAUACUCACCGAGGACAAUUUUAUGGCUGUGUGAGCAUUUUCAUUUUCCAGAUUUAGUCAUUCUUCUUUGAGUCUAACAAUAGUUAUUUUCUUCCACCUAAAACAGGCCGAACGUGGGAGCCCGGUCUCACAAGGUGUCAAAUUAUCAUAAACGAUAACUGAAAAAACGUCAAUACUAAAGCACUACAUUUUUGCUCUAAGCUCCCUAGGGAGUAAAAGUAAGGUUUAUGCCCUAGGGAGUAAAAGUAGGUUUUAUGCCCUAGGGAAAAAAGUGGGUUUUAUCAUAGAGAAAUAAUAGCGUAAGUAGAUAUCCCAUGGUAGAGGGCGUUUAUGUCGCAACUUUUACUUUUACUCAAGCCGAUUACUGUCGAUUAUUGUAGAUUUUUACUGUUUUG